GGGACAUGUAAAUGUGUCUUAAUCCGUGAUCCAGAUUAUUCGCAAUUAUAAUUUCCAUCAAAACAAAAGCUGAAACUGUAACGUAAUACGUGGAAAGCGUUUCCAUGAAAAGUCGUUACGUUGUCGGCUAAACAAACGGAGCUAAUGGCGCAAAUGGCCCGCGGCCGCGCGCCCAAACCCAUUAAGUUCAAAACUCAAUAAACAUCAUUGUUUCAGCGCUUAACUAGGAAAAUAAGCGAGCGCGGCCGCGUGGAGCCGCCCGGGGCCGCUUUAGCCCGAUCUUCAACUCGCCGCGACCUCUAAUAUUCAUAAGUCAAUUUCCUGGCCCAUUAAUACGUAACGAAGUAGCGCAAAUGGCCUUAUCGCUUGUGCGCGAUUACUUGCCCGCCGCUCUCUUACAUAAUUCAACGUAUUAAACGAAAUUGUUUAAACCUUAUUGCUCGAUUACGUUUCUCCACCCCGGGCACGCCUCGUUUCCCGCCGCCAAUCGGGUGUCGGGAUUCCUCUCCGGCCCCCACUUGGCGUCGCCCCUCCUUGCCUGAGCCCGCCUGUUUCUGCUCUCCCGCUUUCAGUUGAUGCCGAGUUGUGAUUAUCGGAUGUUGGGCCGGGACGAACGUGUCCAGCACGCCUCGCGACCUCCGCGCGGACCGCACUCACACACCGAGCUCAUCGAUCCUAAUCGGAUAUCUUUGGAUAAUCUGCGCUAAUUACGAAACCAAAAGACUUUAAUAAUAAUUAAAAAAAAACACUUGUGUGCAGUGAAAGUGUUUAAAAACUGAAAUGUUAGUUUAGAACAUUCAAAUGUUUCGAGUCCAAAUAUAUUUAAAAUAGGCCUUGCUAUGACGAUGCUUGCGAUGGCGCGAGGAUCGGAGGAGCGCCGGGACAAGGCCGAGGACGAGGCCGAGGGGGAGACUGAGGCCAACGGCGAAGUGGACGUGGUGGGAGUGGAGGAGGCCGCGCCGGUGGACCUCACGAGGAGGCUGGGGCUCACCCGGGCGGACCGGCCGGCCAUCGCCUUCUCCGUCGAGAACAUCCUGGACCCCACCAAGUUCACCGGGAGGUCCGAGGUGCCGCUGCGCUACGAUGAGCAGUACUGGAGACCACAUUAUGAUCGGGAUGACAGUGAUUCUGUAAAAGACCAUCUCCAGCACUCAGAUAUUGAGGCAGAUGAAGUGGAAACGGACGACCAGACGUCGAACCUGGACGACGACAUCCUCACACAAUCAGAUCUGGACGAAAACGGGGACCCGAAGAGUCCCACCAGCUCCAGCUCCAAGAAAGGCAAGGGAAGUUCCUCGAGAGAUUCCAAAGGGGGAACGAAGCCAAGACGAGCGAGAACAGCCUUCACCUAUGAGCAGCUGGUGUCUUUGGAGAAUAAGUUCAAGACCACGAGGUAUCUGUCGGUCUGCGAGCGACUGAACUUGGCGCUCAGUUUGAGUUUGACAGAAACACAGGUCAAAAUCUGGUUCCAAAACCGUCGCACGAAAUGGAAAAAGCAGAACCCGGGGAUGGACGUCAACAGUCCCACAGUUCCACCGCCUUCAGCUGGAGGCUUUCCCUCAGGCCCUUACCCCGGAGGCCUCCUGUAUUCCCACGGGGUGCCUUACCCCUUCACAGGACCAGGUCCUUACGCCCCCUACUUCCAUCACCUCGCAGCCAAUCAUCACCAUUCUCACGGCAGCCUGGGGCACUCCCACACGUGAUUGUGGCAGCGACCAGGGUCUCAGGACCUCAGGGUCGAUAAAGAAAAUGAGAACAGUAAUUGUGGACUCUCUAACUAGUGGUGUUCGUGGGAUUUAGGAACCUGUUGAGAUAAUGGACGUUUUGGUAUUUAAUGUGACGCUGGAAGAAUUGAAUGUGUUCUUUAUAGUAUUGUAGACUUUAAAAAUGAGGUCGUGACUGUUUUUUACAGAAUUCUAAACCAACAAAAUCAAGCUGCAUUUUUUUGCUAAUAGCAACACAAACUUCAAUCAAAAAGAGACCAUCAUAACAUAUGUGCACGACCUAAAAAAAACCUUUUAAAUUGGCAAAGGAACCCAAUUUAGUGCCACAAUGACCAUUAUCAUGAACAGAGCGUAGUGUGAAAUUGCAAGUGACGAAACUGUACUAUAAUAGUGAAAUUUAUUUAAGGUAACAUUAUGAAUCGAUUGUGAUACGUAUUUUAUAAGAUGAAUAGUAACAUUAUUGUAUUGUAAUUCUAAGGAAUCUUUAAUAACCUUAACGCGUAGAUUUGACACAAGGAUUAAUGAUGUCACACUUAAAAUAAGGCUCAUUGUACAUUUGUGAGGUUUUACCUUAAGGCUUGGAAUGAUUAGAUAUUAUAAUUGUAUAAAUUACGCCAAAUCAGUUUUGUACAUUUUUGUAAUCGUCGCAAAUUACAAUUUUUUCUACUACCUACUUGUUCUUUUUCUGCAUUUUUUGCUCGUAAUGAUCUCAAAUGUAAAAUGCGAUUUUUUUAUAAUUUUGUUUGUCUCUACACAUAUGCUUAUAUUAUGCUUUCAUGGCCAAAGGGAAAGGGCCAGGGAUUGUAGACAAGUUACAUUUUUCCGAAACCAACGCUGAUUGUAAAGUCAACUGCCUAAGUCACGUCUCUUACUCGCCGACAUACUGAUGCUUUGCAGUUUUCCAUUCGCACUAUUUUCUAUUGCGAGUAAUAAUUUCAGGUUUUCAGAAUAUUUUUCUAUGAAAAUGAUUAAGAAGUGAUAGUAGAAAUCACGUCUGUCCAUUUCGUAGUCCGGAAAAGUAGAUAUUCUGGUCCUUUGCAAUUCUUUUGACACAUUCGCAUUUAUACUAAAAUUUUGAAACGGAAAUAAAAUAGAAAUGUAAAUAUCGUACAUUAAACCGUGUAUAAAUUGUUUGUAAAUAUAUCAUAACUUAGGGAUAUUUCCUAUGAAUAAUGCUUACGCUUAGCAGCGAAACAAUUAUUUAUUUUACGUCUUGUAGCAAUCAUCGCUUUUUUAAAGUGCCAUUUAAUUACACAUUAUUUCGUAUUAUUAUGUUACUCUCUUAAGUCUUUAUAAUGGCUGAAUGUUUUAGGCUCUCUGUCAAAGUUUAUAA